AGCUUGUAUCAGCUGUUCUUACCGAUUGCAGCAGCAGCAGCAUCCGCAGAUAAGGUACGCGGCAGCCUGGACCAGGUAGUUAUUGUUUAAACUACUCUAUGCGCGCAUCUUUACUGUAGGCUAGCAGAAGAAAGUGCCUGGUUGAUCUUCUCAGGAAACAUGAACUCUGUACCAGGGAGAAGUGUUCUAUCGCUGUGCAGACGCACCACGAGCGCUCUACGGUUGCUCGCCAGCCCGCCAGGUCACCCUGUCACUCGCGGGAUAGACAAUACCAUCUUAGGGACAGUACGGGUCUGCCACUCGGGGGCUAACCGCAGCGUUAGCACCAAGAAGCGAGGCUAUGAUAUCACCAGAAAUCCACAUCUUAACAAGGGCAUGGCGUUCACUCUGGAGGAACGUCUGCAGCUGGGCAUCCACGGCCUGCUGCCCCCCUGCUUCCUAACGCAAGACGUCCAGGUGCUGCGGGUCAUGAAGAGCUAUGAGACACGCACCAACCCCCUCGACAAGUACAUCUUGCUGAUGACGCUACAGGACCGUAACGAGAAGCUCUUCUACCGGCUGCUGACGUCAGACAUCGAAGAGUUCAUGCCCAUUGUUUACACGCCUACCGUGGGCUUGGCCUGCCAGCAGUACGGCUUGGCCUUCCGCAGACCCAGAGGUCUCUUUAUCACCAUUCAUGACAAAGGCCAUAUCGCUACAGUGCUGAACUCUUGGCCAGAGGAGAACAUCAAGGCCAUUGUGGUGACAGAUGGUGAGCGUAUCCUGGGCCUUGGUGACCUGGGCAGCUAUGGCAUGGGCAUCCCCGUGGGCAAGCUAGCCCUGUACACAGCAUGUGGAGGAGUGCCACCCCAGCAGUGUCUGCCAGUGCUGCUGGAUGUUGGCACCGAUAACCAGUCUCUUCUGGACGACCCUCUGUACAUUGGGCUGAAACACAAGAGAAUACGUGGGAAAGAGUACGAUGAUCUCAUUGAUGAGUUCAUGCAGGCCGUAACCGACAAGUAUGGAAUGAACUGCCUAAUUCAAUUUGAGGACUUUGCCAACGCCAAUGCCUUCAGAAUUCUCAAUAAAUACCGAAACCACUACUGCUCCUUCAAUGAUGAUAUCCAAGGCACAGCCUCUGUUGCUGUGGCAGGAGUUCUGGCCGCUCUGAAGAUCACCAAGAACAAGUUGUCUGACCACACAUUUGUGUUCCAGGGAGCUGGAGAGGCUGCGUUGGGCAUUGCACAUCUGCUUAUUAUGGCCAUGGCUAAGGAGGGAGUAUCCAAAGCAGACGCAGCAAAGAAGAUCUGGAUGGUCGACUCCAAAGGCCUUAUUGUCAAGGGUCGUGGCAACCUAAACCACGAGAAGGAAGAGUUUGCUCAUGAGCACGCUCAGGUGAAGACCCUAGAGGAGGUGGUGGAGAUCAUCAAGCCCACAGCUAUCAUCGGUGUGGCGGCCAUCGGAGGUGCUUUCACCGAGAAGAUCAUCAAGAACAUGGCAUCCUUCAACGAGAGACCCAUCAUCUUCGCCCUGAGCAACCCCACUAGCAAAGCAGAGUGCACAGCAGAGCAGUGCUAUAAACUCACUGAGGGCAGGGGCAUCUUUGCUAGCGGGAGCCCCUUUAAGAAGGUGACCCUGGCGGAUGGCCGCACAUUCCACCCCGGCCAGGGCAACAACGCUUACGUCUUCCCCGGAGUUGCCCUGGGUGUCAUCGCCUGCGGAGUGCGUCACAUCUCCGAUGACAUCUUCCUUAAAAGUGCCGAGGCCAUAGCAGAGAUGGUGACAGAGGAGCACCUGGCGGAGGGCAGACUCUACCCCCCUCUCAGCACCAUCAGGGAGGUGUCCUUCAAGAUCGCCGUCAAGCUCGUGGACCAUGCCUACAGGAAUAACGUUGCGUCCCUGUACCCGGAACCCAAGGACAAGGAGGCUUUCAUUCUGUCCCACGUCUACAACGCCGACUACGAUUCCUUCGUCCUAGACAGCUACGACUGGCCGGUAGGCGCCCAGAAGGUCCAGGAUGUGUAGACCGCUACCAGUGCCGGAACUGAUGCCACGGUCGCACUCUUUUUUUUUCUCUCUCUCUCUCUCUCUCUCUCACAAAAUCCUCUGCUCUGUUUUUAAUAAG